GUUGUGAAAUAGUAACUAGGGUUUGUUGUGAGGGGAAAUAUAUUAUCAGGGUUUCCAUAUUUAGGUCAUAUUUCUAUCUUUGUGGAAAAUAAGUGAAGUUUAUUAUUAUUUUUCUUUUCUGAAGAUGGGAAGAGGGAAAGUUGAAUUAAGAAAAAUAGAGAAUAAAAUAAAUAGACAAGUAACAUUUUCAAAGAGAAGAGGUGGAUUAGUGAAAAAAGCUCAUGAAAUUUCAGUUCUUUGUGAUGCUGAAGUUGCUUUAAUUGUUUUCUCUCAAAAGGGAAAAAUCUUUGAGUAUUCUUCUGAUUCUUGUAUGGAACAGAUUCUUGAACGAUAUGAGAGAUACUCAUAUGCAGAGAGACGUUUGCUUGCAAAUAAUUCUGAAUCACCGGUGCAGGAAAACUGGAGCUUGGAAUAUACUAAACUCAAGGCUAGGAUUGAUCUCCUGCAAAGGAACCACAAGCAUUAUAUGGGAGAAGAUCUUGAUUCAAUGAGCUUGAAGGACCUUCAAAACUUGGAACAACAGCUUGAUUCUGCUCUUAAGCUAAUUCGAUCAAGAAAGAAUCAACUCAUGCAUGAAUCAAUCUCUGAACUGCAGAAAAAGGAAAAGGCUAUCCAAGAGGAGAAUAACAUGCUAACCAAGAAGAUCAAGGAGAAGGAUAAGAUAGUUGGGCAGCAAGGUCAAUGGCACCAACAGAAUCAAGUUUCUACUUCAACAUCUUUCUUCUUACAACCACAUCCAUGCCUUAAUAUUGGAGGUAACUACCAAGAGGAAGCAGCAGAAGCAAGGAGGAAUGAGCUUGACCUAAAUCUUGAUUCAUUAUAUCCACUUUACAACAUGAAUAAACAUCUAUGAAAUUCACCCAAUUUGCAACUUUGAAAGGAGCUCACUGUCAGAACGUAUGGGUAUAAGUGAUUUGCGAUAAACUUUAUGUGGAGGAAAAUAUAUAAAAUGUUUAAUGAAUAUUUGGUUGGGAAGUUUUUAUUAUAUAUUGAGUGUCUUUAUAUUGAUAUGUAUGUAUAGAACCUUAUUAUUAAUGUCUUUGUAUUAAUGUUGAAGUAAUUAAGUUAAUUCCCUAACCUUUGUUAAUGGAAUUGGAAGUCCACUUAUUGGCUAAUUUACUCUAUAUGUCUAAGAAUUGUUUUUGUCAAUACAAUUAUGUAUUUUUAAUAUUU